GAACGUCGUCGUCGGCUGAAACAGAUUGAGACGGAUUGGAGAAAGUGAAAGUCGGGAGAGAUUUGACAUUUAGAAAUUAAGAACAGAUUGUCAUUUUGAUUCAAGCUUUGGUGAAAGAGAAAGGAGAAAGAGAUAUCAUUAAAUGCAUAAUUUUUUGAAAAAGUGUGUUUUUCAGUAAAUAUUUUUUCUCACAGUUUUCCACAUAAGAAAAUCAACCAGUCGAGGGAAUCUUUCGAUCUAAAAAAAAUAAAUGAAAUAUAAAAAUACAAUUUCCGACGUUCAACCUCCCGAUCUGUUAAUCUUCAUGAAAUAAAUACAGUUUUUCAUAAUUUUUUUCGUGGCGUUCCGAAAUUCCGAAAUUUCUUAAUAAAUAACUUCAACCUCUUACUGUUUCCUCAUCCUGGUACAAGUUGACUUUUUCAUGAGAAUUAUUAUCACCACUAUUUAAAGAAAAGAGGAGCUGGAGUGGGGAGAAAGCAGAGAAAGUCUCAAGGACUCAUCCACCACCAACAAGAUCUCACUUUGUCAUCUAUUCAUUCAUUCGUUCAACUGGAUUAAAGAAGUGAAAGUGAAAAAACCGACUUUCACCACUUAUUUCCUCAGGGAGUGAAAGUCUCAUUUCAAGCAGUGAAUACCAAUCAGGACGGGACUGGUUGGGACUACUUGUUGAUUUUCUAGAGAGAAAACUUUCCUACAAACAUCGGGCACUAAUUAUUUACCAGUGAAAUUGGCAAACCGUUUCAAGAUAAAUACUUAGAAAAUGUCCAAAGUUAUCGAGUAUGUGGGGUUUUUCCAAGUCGUUAAGGAUCAAGUGAGGGAGGGUUGGACCCAGUUUUGGGGGCAGGCUUCUACCCCUCCUCCGCCCAUUGUUGAGCAAGGUGACGACGCUUCUUCUUGUCCUGAUAGAGAAACCAAUUUCCGGACAAAAGUGAAAGAACGGCUGGAUCGACUCAAGAAACAGACUGUUCGAAGGAUUGAUCGAUCCUCAUCCGUGGAUGAGGAUUUUUCACAUCUCACACGGCCGAAAUCGAGACGAGAACUUGUCCAAGUUUCGGCGGCUGUGAUGGGGAUCGAAUUUUCGUACGCGGCAGAAACAGCCUUCGUUUCCCCACUCCUCCUCAACAUCGGCCUUCGCCACCGACACAUGACCUUAAUGUGGUGUCUCAGCCCGUUGGUCGGAUUAUUCCUCACCCCGCUUCUCGGCUCGUUAAGUGACGGUUGUCGCUCUAGCCUGGGUCGUCGUCGCCCCUUCAUUCUGCUCCUCUCGAUCGGAAUAAUUCUCGGGUUGUUGCUCGUCCCCAAUGGCAAGUUAAUUGGGCGAUGGCUCGGCGACACGUACAAGGACGAUGCCAAUUACAUCGUGCCAACCACCACCACCACGCGUCCUCCGGGGGCUUUGAGCCGGAUUUUCCUAAAUUCCGACAUAUCAUCCGACAAGCAUAAUGAUAAUCUGACAUCUGAAGAAACCUCGUUCACGUUCUCCUUCCUGAACGGGUCCGAAACUCAGCCAACUUUCUCCACCACGAGACAGAAAAAUACCGCCUACUACUCAAAGUACGCCACCACGGAGGAAGAUCACGGUUUCCGAGCCAGAAAUAACCUCGCCAUAAAUGACGACAUGGAAGACGCGUUUCUCAAACAGCUAAGAAUUAGUCAAGCUAAAAAGUUGGAGAAGCUUCCUUCAAAGAAAAGUAUUAAUUACGAGGCACAAAAACCCCAAAGUAGUCAAGAGGGCGAGGAUAAAAGCCGUCAUGAGGAUGAAAAUUCGGUGAAAAACCAUCCUUGGGGAUUAGUGUUCACCGUUUUGGGCACCGUGCUGCUAGAUUUUGAUGCGGAUGCUUGCCAAUCUCCGGCGAGAGCUUAUAUGCUCGAUGUCACCAUUCCAGAGGAUCACGCCAGAGGACUUAGUACUUUCACGGUGAUGGCUGGUCUGGGUGGGUCGCUGGGCUACUUUCUCGGGGCUCUCAACUGGGAAAACACUCUUUUGGGAGACUUUUUCGGUGGUCAAGUGCGAGCAGUGUUUACUCUGGUCCUCUUCAUUUUUAUUGGCUGUGUUAUCACAACGAUUCGAAGCUUUCGAGAAAUUCCGUUGGAUCGACUUUGGGCAACUCAAUCAUCAAGCAUUACUUCGUCUGGACCUGGGAUUGGAAUUGGGACGGCAAGAUUUGUAACGGAGCCACAAAACCAUAAGACAUCGAAUCUUUCCAGCCCAUAUGCCCGAUUUGAAGGCGACCCAGAUCACGAACACGACGUGGAAGCUGCCCGACCUGAUGAAACCAUCAAAGGAUACGGAUCUACGAUACAGCAUGAGACGUCAUUCAGCCGUGGGGGCGGUGGCGGUGGCGUGGGUGGAAUGAAGAAAAAUGGAGAAAGCAAUGUCGCCCAACCAGCAUCCGAAUCUGCAGAAAUCCCUACAUUCAAAGAAUACUUAAAAACGAUAAUCCUCCUCCCAAAGUCGCUGCAGUGGUUGUGCUUAACCAACUUUUUCUGCUGGAUGUCACUAGUCUGCUAUUCCCUCUACUUCACGGAUUUCGUGGGAGAAGCGGUUUUUAACGGGGACCCUACCGCCCCCUUGGGAACCGAGUCGAGGAAAAAUUACGACGAUGGGAUUCGUUUUGGAUGUUGGGGAAUGUCAAUUUAUUCCAUGAGUUGUUCCAUUUACUCGUUAUGCAUUGAGAGUUUCGUGAGCAGAUUUGGUGCGAAACGAGUCUACAUAACUGGACAAUUGGUAUAUUCUGCAGGAAUGGUUUUAAUGGCUCUCUUCCGUCACAAAUUUGGCGUAAUUGUAUUCUCAUGGACGGCUGGAAUUAUGUACGCCACCCUGUUUACAAUGCCUUAUCUGCUCGUGGCGAGAUAUCAUGCUGCAGAGACGUUCGACAUUGAUAUCGACGAUUUGGUCAGCAAACCGAGUAGUAAUCAGAUACGAGGCCUGGGAACGGACGUUGCCAUUGUGUCCUCAAUGGUCUUUCUCGCCCAGAUGACGCAAGCCAUCAUUCUUGGCAGUAUCGUAGCUGCGGUCGGGUCAACGACAGCCAUUGUCUGCGCAGCGUCCGUUUUUGCAGCGUGUGGCGCUCUCACAGCGACGAAGGUGUUGUACUUGGAUCUGUGAAAGCGAUGAGUAGGAAAUGGUGCAUGAAAUGUAGAGUCAUUUUAGGAUGAUAAUUAAUUUAAAGUUAAUCAAUUAAUAAUAAAGUUAAUAAUAAACAAUAAAUGUUGAAAAACUA